AUGUUCUUGGAGAAUGUGCCGUGGCAAAGCUAUGUCUGGCUUCUAGUGCGAAUUUUCGUUGCUGAAGUGAUUGGAUCGGGGAUCUUCGUUCUCCCUGGCAUUUUGAUCUCCACACCGACACAAUACGAGCCACUCGUCAAAGGCAUCGCAAUGGGCGGAGGGCUUUACGUCGCCAUCUGGAUCACCUACCCCACCAGCGGAGCGCACAUAAAUCCCAUCAUAUCCCUCGUCGCCUUCCUAUUCAGGAACAUCAAGUUGCAACAUCUUGUAUUCUACUGGAUUGCUCAACUAAUUGGCGCUCUUCUCAGCACCCUCAUUGGCCUAAGCAUUGUGCCAUCUGGAGGCAAUGAGACCUUCCGAGGCAUGACUUUUCCGCAUCCAGAGGUAUCAGAAAGACAAGCCUUCCUCGUGGAGACGUUCACCACAAGCGUCCUUGUCAUUGUCUACUUGGCCACCAUCGAUCUCAGGAGGCCAGAGAAUUGGGGCUUGAACACGGGACUCAAUAUGGCCCUGCCACUGAUGUUUACGGUCAUUGGAAAUGCAAUUGUGGCUGUAAUUGACAUCACAGUUAGCCAAUACCCAUCGUAG